CCUCCCCGCCCCUCCCUCCCCGGAGUCGUCCCGGCUGCGGGCCGCGGGGACAGCCUCUCCGCAGAGCAGACAAAGCCCGCAGCGUGAUGCGGGCGCCGCCGGGCCGUGCGCGCGGUGGAGGCCAGGAUGGGCUGCGGGGCUGCAGGGCGGGACCCCCUGGCAAAAGACGGGGUCCGCUCCCCACCGAGCGGCAGGCCGCCGCCCAUGCCCUCCCGCCCCCCAGUCUCGGAGAUCUGAGCAGCACGACUGGGAGGGUGGACCCAUGGGGCCUGCAGCCACUCUGGCCAACCCGCCGAGCCUUGAGAACAAACAUCUGCACCAGGGAGCCUGGGCUCCAGGAACCACCUCUCUGCCUCAGCAGAUUCCUCUUUGUGCCCUUCCCUCCUGCUUCUGCACCCCACUUUCCAGAGGGCCUGUGGCUGGGGGUAAGAACCCACCAACUCCCAGGGAGAAGGCUGCGGGACAGAGACCUCACCCCAAGGAGGAAGGCCCGAACCAGUGGGGGCAAGCUUGCGCUGGGAGCCCUCGAGCAGCCAGAAUCCAGACGCGAGAAGCCCCAGGCCGAGCGGGUGCGCGGGACAGGGUGGAGCCCCACUCAGCCGCCGCCCCGCGGUCCUCGCCCGUCCUCGCCGCCCCCUCACCUCCCGCUGCGGGUGUGCCGCGGCCCCUUUAAGAGCGGCGGCCCCUCCUCCCACUCCCUAGACCUAUUAGAGCCUCUGCCCGGCGUCGGUGACUCAGAGUGUCCGCGGGAGCGCCGCAGCCACAGCAGUGCCCCCAGAUCCUGAGGUCCGACAGCGCCCGGCCCAGACC